CACAUUCGCGCGCGCACACACUCUUUCAUACACACAAGCGAUGGUGAAAACAUAGACGCUUCCAAGCAGCUUAAUGCAAGAUUCUCUCCCUCCAUCUUUCUCUCUCUCUGUGCGAUGCGUAUGCAGUCGGCUGCAGCAGCAGCAAGAGAGCAAGCGACCGUGCCGAGCGGAGGGGGAGGCAUCGGGUGUUGAGGCGUUUGAUGGCCCGCCCGCCAGUCUCGACAAAGCUCGGCGCCUGAGCAAGCGAGAGACACACACACGUGCAAAGCUCCUCCGAUCGACAGAAGAGAAAGAGAUAGAGGGCGAGAGUACACCCGCCCGUGCCAUCUUCCUUCAAGCUGGGUGAUCUCUCCUUCACUCCGCGUUCAUUCCUCCCCCAAACCCCGUGUCUCCACCGUUAGCGGCUCCUCUUCACCUUCUCGGUACUUCUCCUCCUCAGUGCAGGACGAACGAAAAAAAUAACAAACAAACAAAAAAUACUGGACAAAGAGGCUAGCCGUGCCUCCGCGAUCUUUGGAUUAAAGGGCAGGUCAAAGAAGCGCGCUCGCUGCCUGUGUCCACACUGACCGUCAAUUGUUUACUCUGGAGUUGUGGCUGGGUGAAGCCGCAGCCACGGCGAGGCCUCCAGCAUCCGGGCAUCUCAGAGGCCGGGACUGAGGCAGGGACUCUAGGUCAGGGUGACACGGGUAUGGCCACAGACAUCAAGGGCAACAUGGUGCAGACCGAUACAGCAGCCAACAACUCCACCACAUCCACCACUUCCGGCACCACGGCCCCUUCCAUCCUCACUAUCAGGAUGAUCAUGCAGGGCAAGGAAGUGGGCAGCAUCAUCGGAAAGAAAGGUGAUAAUAUCAAGAAAUUCAGAGAAGAGAGUGGAGCCAAAAUCAACAUAUCAGAUGGUUCUUGUCCCGAGCGAAUUGUCACAGUCACUGGUUCCAUAGAAACCAUCUUCAAGGCCUUCACGCUCAUAUCAAAGAAAUUCGAAGAGGAUCUUCAGAACAUCCCCACAGUCCCCAAGCCCCCGGUGACACUGCGCUUGGUCAUGCCGGCCAGUCAGUGUGGCUCGCUCAUCGGCAAGCAAGGCUGCAAGAUCAAAGAGAUCAGGGAGUCGACGGGUGCGUCCAUCCAGGUGGCCAGUGAAAUGCUGCCCAACUCCACAGAACGCGCUGUCACAGUCUCGGGAACAGCAGACGCCAUCACGCAGUGCAUCAAGUACAUCUGUGGCAUCAUGCAGGAGUCCCCUCCCAAGGGAGCCAACCUCCCGUACCGUCCAAAACCUGUAGUUUCUCCAGUCUUCAUUUCCGGCGGGCAAGCCUACAACAUCCAGACCCAAAUGACCAUGCCAAGUCAAGAUCCCCUGAAGACUCUCCAACCACACAUGACGAUGGCACCUCACCCCAUGCCUAUCAUUCCAACAGCCCAGACAAUCCUACCUGGAGGCUAUGUUCCUGUCAAUGGUAUGACUCGCGUCCUGUACCCGCGGCAUGCCACCCCUUUGAUCACACCUGGCAUGGCUCACAUCCAGUACCAAAGACACACAAACCCUACAGCAGCUCCAGCGCUGCCUGCUGGCCAGGCCACUCAUGAGAUGGCUAUUCCCAAUGACCUCAUUGGCUGCAUCAUUGGGCGAGGUGGUCAGAAAAUUAAUGAGAUUAGGCAAGUGUCAGGUGCAAACAUCAAGAUCUCAAAUGCAGAAGAUGGAUCUGCAGAUCGAAAAGUGACCAUAACAGGCACACCAGACACCAUUGGAUUGGCCCAAUAUCUGAUCAGCACCAGCAUGGAAUUGCAUAAAGCCUUGACCCUUGUUGACCCGACCCUGACCCCACCAGUUACAUCCACACCUCUGACCUCUGUCCACCCCACUCACCAUCACCAUCCGCACCACCAACAGCAACACCAUCACACUUCUCUGGCCAUACCCCUGCAGUCGCUGGCGAUGAAACCUGGUGGCACACCAAUGCCCUACAUAAGCUAUAGCCUGGUGGAUCCUACUUCGUCAGUUGCUGCUGCUGCUGCAGGCGCCAUGGCUGUGGACCGCAAGGCGUUGACCACCAAGCUGCGGGUCGGGGUAACAGCCAGUGCACUGAAGGCAGCCGAGCGGCCCAAAUUUGCGCCGUACUAAAUUUACUGCUUACUAUGUACAUGUUGGUAUAUUACAAGGUUGUGAGGAGGAGCUAUUUAGCAAAGCAGGCUGGAUGAGAGGGAACUGUAAAAUUUCACAGGGUGGUCAACUCGCUUCAGACAGCUCUUGCAGUAAACCUGUGAAAUUAUCGGAGACAGAGAGUUACACAGAAAUGGUGAUGGCAUUCUGGCAUUCUGCUUUCUUUGGUAGUGGGUAGCAAGUAGCAGUGCAAGAGAAGCAUACUAUAUUGAUGAGAGACUGAAGAGUAGCUUAGCACUCUUAGAAUCUUCUACUCCAGCCUGCUUUGCCAUCAUACCUUUGCUAACGAAUUGGUCUUAGUAAGAUGUGGAAGACAGUUCCCCUCCUACUUUAUCUUUAAGUCAUAGAGAGGAGAUUAAGAAUGAGUAGAUAAUGGCCUUUGAAGACUAAUCCAUGAUGCUUUAUUAUAUCAGCUUUGGGUUUUUUUGAUGAUAAACAGAAAAGAGUGGAUUGCACCCAGUUGAAAUCAGCCCUACUAUGACAUUCUCUGCCUUCCCCAUUUUAUCAUUUCCAAUUUUAUCGGUACCAAUGUUAUGUUCCUCUUAACCAUAACAGUCUUUUGUUUGAAUUGUUCUCAAUAUUUACCUCCCCACCCCCCAACAUUGUCUCACCACUCCCAAACCCAUUUCUUUUCCUCGUUUGAUAUGCCAUUCAUUGAUGUUUAAUGAGAUCCAUUUAUUGGAUGAGAAACAGUGUUCACCUUGUAAACAAUACCUCGUUUCUCUUUAAUCAGCACACUCCACAAAAUGCCCUUCAGCCAGUCACAGCCACAUCAUCAUACACCUGCAAUGGCAGCAGUUGGCUGCUACAGUCUUAUGAACUACAGUAUUAACUAAAAUGCACUCAGUCACCACUUUGUUUUCCUGAGAAGUUUGCUCCCAUUUUCUAACCCUACAAAGUAUUUUCCAGAGAGUGAUAAAGUGUGAACGGUCUUACACAGAAUCAUCUAACACUUGAAAUCUUGCCAUUUUUUGAUGUGGAGUGUGUUGAAUGCCCUUGUAAAUUAAAUGUAUUUCUGGUCUAGCUGAAGCUGUAGUGUGCUAGAGGGAAGACAAACUGGUCUGGCCUCUUGGUGUGCAUAUGUGUGUUCCUGUUCUGUCUCUUACACACACAUACACACACACUCUUUUCACAGAUUGUUGCUCUAUCGGUAUUCAUUUCACAUCAGCAGUUAUAAAAUAUGGGAAAUGGUGUGGUUUAGGAAUGAUUCAUUUUUGUGUACUUUUUGCUGUUUAUAUGCUACCUCCAAUCUGUUAUUUCUGCUUUUUAACUGAAAAGUAGAAAAAUGCAUUUCUGAGAGAGUACUUACAUCUAAAUCACAUAUUGCAUGUCAUAAAAGAUGAUUCUUCCAUUUAAAAAAUAUUUUUUAAAAAGAGCUGCAUUCAUGGGUUUUUCAUUUUAAGUAUUCGGAUCCAUAACACACAUUAAAUUGUAUACGAAGUGUGGGGUGGGGUGGGGGGCUAAGCUAGAGGGAGGAGCAUUUCUGGAACUAUGAAAUGAACUAGAGAAGAGUCUGGUGCCGGGACUUGAACUCUGCUAUGCAUUUGUCUACCUUCAGUUGAAAACAGAAAUGAAUGGAUGCUUGCAUGCCCACUUCCGUUUAGGAUUAUGUUUCUACAGUAGACUACAGCAUUCACCUGCACUUUUUUAUUUCUCUCCAUUAUCCUGAAUUUUUUUUUUUUUUUUUUUUUGAAAAUUUGAAUGCUGCUUCUGAUGACAUUGUGCUCUUUUUAUACUGUUCAUUGAGACCAAAUUCUUUAUAACAAAAGUAGCUUAGUUGCUGAUCAAUCCUGUGGUAUCCGUCAGCACGAGAAAAAUGUUUCAGAACUGUAUGGAAUUGACAGUUUCAUUAUAAUAUGAAGAUGGUCUGUUAAACACCUCAAAAAUGAAUUUCCUUUUUAUAAGAUUUUGUUGUUGCAUGUGGCAUUUUUAUAUGCAGAAAUGCAUCAAACAUUCUGUCAUUUAUAGCAAAAGGAGGCAGAUAAAUAUUUUAAAAUUAAAAAAAGGCUCCAUGUGAACAGUUAGAAAAUAAAAGUAGCAUUCAGUGCUUACUACGUGCAUUUACUAUCUGGACUAAUAUCAGUUUUAUCGUGAUUCCAUUACAAAAAUUGUAUGCAUAAAGGAGCUGUUCACAGGCUUAUAGAUACAUGCAAAAACUUCAGUUACCAAAAGUAUGCACAUUCACUUUUUUUAAAAAUUUAUCUGGAGGGAUAGUCAGGUUUCAUGCAAUAACAUUCCAGCAGUGGAGGCUUCCUAUUGUGUACAAGACAGGGUAUGUGCAAACUAACCACCCACAAGGACAAUGUGCAUAGUAAUCUUGAUAUUUGGACUUCACAUUUAUGUGUCUAUGUCUGUCAAAGAAAAGUGUUUUCAUAACUCAUUUGCCUUUUUCAUGUAUGGAUAAUGAGAUUAAUGUAAAGUGGCAGGAUUUUUUUUCAAAGCAUAAUUUAGUGCAUGAACCCUAUUUCAAAGGGCAGUUACACACAGCAAAAAUGUGCUGUAGUCUUUUUUUUUCCAAAGAUGUGAAAAGAUGAGAAAACAAUGGCUGUUCUGUGCUGGUGUUAGCAAAUGUAUUUAUUUCAGGGGUAAAAUAGUAUUUUGGUUUGGUUUAGAAAGCAAAAACUUCGCAUAAUUAGUACAUGCAAUAUUUUAAAAGGUGUUUUGCCCCAUUUUUUUAAAAACUUUAUUGAUAUUUGAAUGUUACCUGUUGUUAUCUAGUAUUAAUCUGCUGCAUAUCCCAGAAUGUGAUUAUGUCUCAAAGCAUGUGUUUUGUGUGUGCACUUGUUUGACAAUAAGUAACCACCAGAAAGCAGUGAAAGACAGCUCAGUUUUCCACUUCCAGUUUGCUGAUUUUGGACACAAUAUUUUGUUAUUCAAUCAUUAUCUUGUGUUCACAUCAUAACAAAAUGUGUAGCAUAUGGGGAUCUCAGGUAAUCUGAAUGGCAAUCGAGGACUCAUUUUCUUUUUUCAUUGGCCAAUUCUAUCCCUAGUGCGAGCUCAUUACCACACCAAUAGAUCCAUUGCACAAAAUUAACAAACAAAACAAAAGCAAUUAGAAAUUCAGGAGGGAAGACUGUGGUAAAAUGUGAUACUGUUUUGAGGGUAAUUUCCCUUUUGUUAGAGAAAAAGUAAAGCAAGAUAUUACAAGCAGACCAGACAUUUUCCCUGGCAAUAGUAAGUAAUAAAACAUUAUUUGUUCUACACUGCAUGCUUGACUGAGAAUGCGUGGGGAAGAAAAUUAUAAUCAAUUUCCCAAAAGUUGUUCAUGGGGUUGUGAUUUUAGCAUUUACAGCAGACUAUUUUCAGUGCAUCCUUCAGUGAUGCUAACAUUGUGACUAAUUGACUGUCCUUGCCAAUAUAUAUUUAUAUAUUUCUUGUACCACUGUUGAUGCAUGGAUGAUUGGUUCAGUAAAGUCACUUCUUCACCACCUCAUUAAUAUCCUACUCCAUGUUUGUCUUUGCUCGCAGACUGCAUCCCUUGUCAUUACCAUUGGCCGAAAACUUGCUGCAUGUGAGCAUGUUGUGCAGCAAACACUUUUUCUAAAGAGGGGGUGGGGUCUUCACAAGUGGUUAUCUUCGUAGCUCUGUUUGUUUACAGCUUUUAUGCUUGGGCAGGAAAAAGAAAAUCACCAAUGUGGCAUAGUAAGCCUGGCUCUUUCAAAGAGCAUUUCAAAAUGUCUACAGGAAUAGUUGAUCACUUAAAAUGGAAAACGAUAUGCUGAUGAUGGAUCAAGAAAAAGAAGCCAGUAAUAAAAUAUAUAUAAGUUUGCGUUAAUAAUGGUAAAUAGAGCUCAUUUGUGUUUGAAUUUCCAAUGACUGGACUGCUGUUGUUGUUAAAGGGAGUGAUCUUCCCUUUCAUCUUUCACUUUGCUGAAAAUGUGAUAGGUCUCCAGGUAUUGUUUUAAUGAUGCUGAUUUUUUGAGUAUUUGUUUAGAAUGAUGCUGUGUUAACUGUGCAAUAGCUCAGAGAGCAACAUACCACAAAGUUUUUGGGAGAACCCGCAAUUUCAUCAGUGGAUUUUGAAGCUUGCCUGUUCUUGCAAAUUAACUUGCAAUCAUUUCUUUGUAUUGUCGAAUCAAGCAUUAUUUUUUAAUCAUCACUAAGCAUUAAUAAACAGUACCAAAUUUCAGAUCUAUUGCUGAAAAUAUUGUUGAUGUAUUUUUUUUAAAUUGGGACUAGUCUUUUGUUUCUUCUUUUCCUGUGGAUGCAAGUAUUGAUGGGAAAGACUGGUUUUAAUCACCGUAGUGUAAAGAUAAAUAUUCUGUACAGGUCACAGCUGCAGUCAUGGUGGAGAUGGGGUAGUUCCUUGAUCAUUUUUUUUAUUGAUUGCUUGACCAUGUUCAAAUUACUUGCAUCCAGUCAUGUUGUGCUCCUGUAAGUGAGCCUAGAAUGGAAAGUCUUGACCCAAUGGCCCUCUUCUACCCUGUCCUGCAACCUCCCAACCCUCAUUAUAUAUUUUUAGGAGCUAUGUGUGCACUAACCAUAAAUACUUUCCAUUUGUCAUUUUUUUUUUAAACUCAUUCUGAAAUGAUCUUAUUCGUUCACUUAGCAUAAAGUAUCAGCCAGUUCUUUGUUUCUGAAAGAUUUAAACUGUAUUCAGUUUGAUGUUCUGACUGCGUGUUCUUAGAAAAUGUCAUUGACCCUUAAGGAAUAAUUGUUAUAAGCUUGAUUAGGAAAGAGUAUUUUGAACUCAUGCAGAACAUUUCCGCAGUUACCUCUUCUGCCAGCAGCCUGCUGUUGUAGAAAGUGCUAACAAGGAAGAGUGUUUCAGACCAGGAAUCAGAUUUUACAUGGAAGUAAAUCUUUUUUGUGUUCUUUUGUUACUGAUGCAGAGAUCACCAGCAUGUUGUUUGAAAAUAUACUGUCCCACUGUAGGUGUCUUUAUGCUAGUACUUUCAAGGAUGUCAUGUUUCCUUACUUUCUCUUGUGUCAUUGAGAGUAUUGCACAGAUCAGUGAAAUUACUGGUUUGCAGAGAGGCACAAUUCCAUGUGCAGCUCAAAAUCUUGUAAUGAUCAUAGAAAGCAAAAUCUGUUAGUCUCUGCAUUUUCUUUUUGAUGGGAUAAACCCCAACCUAGUGUCUGUAUCAAUAGCUAACUCCCAGAUCAACUCUUAAGUCACGUCCUUGUACAUAAAGAAUAUUGGGUGUGCAUGUUUGUGCUUUUUUUUUUUGCUCUUGUUUGGAUCCAGUUUUUGUUUGCCUUUCCCCUUUGGGACAAACCUUUUCUGUGGUAGUGUGUGUAAAUAUAUAAAUAUAAUCCAUACAUAAAGUGUGUGCUCGUGUUUUCAAAACUAUCAGGUGAUUUGACGUUUUGAUGUGAUUCUCUUUGAAUGGUUGUUACAGGCUACAGUGGCAUGGUCUUUAAUUGUAGCUUCGGUUAACAUAUCUGUGUUCAAAUAUGUUGCAAGUCUACAGGUAUCCAUGAAUUCCACCUGUACAGAAAGAAUUAUCGUAUGCAAAUCCCAAAUAAAGUCAAGGCCAAAAUCUCCUGACACUGGUUGGAAGUCACUUCAUGGGUUUGAUAUUAGUUGAUAAUUAUUUGAUAAUGGUAAGAGGUGUUUGAUUUGUAUGUUUGAAUGCAUACUCUCAAAACAUGCUUGAAUAUUCCUGUUCAGUAUUUGCCAUUUAUCUUCCUCCAACAGUAGGCUUAUGAAUGCAUAAUGAAGGCACAUCAGACUUAAAUAUAUUUAACAUAAUCAGAAAAAAGGUAUGCAUUUAAACAAAGAUGUGCAAUUGUUUGUUGUUUAUAUCUUACCUUGUUCAUAGCAGGUUUGUUGGUGUGCAUAUAUUUAUAUACAUGUAUACUUACAACACAUGUACAGGUGUUACUGUUUUGUUUCCUCCCUUGUAUGAGGCAAAAGUUGGUAAAAUCAGUUAAGUCAUCAACAUUAAUAUUUGAACAUUUCAAAAUUUUAGCGUGCAUUCUAAAAGAUUGUGUUGAAAAAUUAGACGGUAUGCUGAAAGGGGAGGAUUUCUAACCAGGUCGCUGUAGUCUACCUGUGAUUCUGUCAGUGUGUGAUCAAUCAUGGGUGUCAAGUCUGUGAAAAUAUUUUAGCACAUUUAAUAUUUUAUAAAAAAAUUGCAUAUUGAAGUUGCCUGUGCAGUUUGUUGUGCUUGUUUUAUUAGUUUUUCAGUGCUUGUGAUAAUCCAGUAGCAAACCUUAGCUUCAGUAAUAUUCCCAUUUUGAACCUGGUCAAGCAAAAGUGACUUCCUGUAAGGUGCCACGUGUUGAUACAUUACGAGCUAUAGCAUUACAUUGGCAUGGUGAUGGUCAAUGGCAGCUAGGUAUUCUGGGAUUGAUAACCAUAGUUCUGUUUCAAUGCGUCAGAAAAGAUUCUUUCAACAACCCCACUUGGAACCUGAAAGACCCUAGUAGUGCUGUUUUCUCUACGUCUACUGGUACUGUUUUAUACCUCUAUUUUCAAUACAAACAAAUGAUUACAGAGGAACUGCAGAAAUCAUGCACAUGGGGUUUCUGCCAAGAGUAUAUUUUUGUUGGAGAGUUGUUUCCGAUUGUUCAAGGUCAUUUUAUUACUGGUUAUUUCGGAGUGACUGGUUGGUGACGAGUAUACUAGUCUUUUCCCUCAACUCCACCCUAGCCCACAACCUUUCAGAAAAAAAUUAAAAUGCUGCUAGUUCUGUGUUGGUUUCUGUUUGUUGAUAGGAUUGUUUGUUCAUUUGUUUUCUUCUCAUGUUUCAUGUCCACUGGAUCAUAUGUUUGACUGUAAUGUGGAUCAGUUUGAAUAACAUGCUGUGUUGAGGACAAGCAUAUUGCUGGAUACAAUAAAAUUGGAUUUGUUUUGCCA